UAAUGCUUCUUUUAAGGUUUUUGUUUUUGUUUCUUUUUCUUUUCCAGAAUGACGAAUAAUUUAAUCAUUUUUACCAGUUAAGGGCUUUUGAGAUAUGUACUUUUUUGUUGAAAAACAAAUAUCAAAACUUAUUUUAUGGAUAUAGUUUUAGUCCCUGCUAAUAUAGAAACCAAUUGCAACAUAAGAUCAAAGCAAUUUAAAGCACGAAUUUACAUUACAAAUUUCAACCCCGUUUAAUUCGUCGGUCAACGUAAACAUUCGGUUUUAUGAAAAGAAUUAACAAAAGAAUUGAUACGUUUAUAAAAGUUAAUGGUUAGAACGGAUUUAAAACGUAACAUGUCUACGUAGGAAUGAGGGAACUUUAAAGUAAGCUGUAUACACCUGGGAAGCUUGAUACAGGUGUAGGAAGGCAGGUAGAAAGCAGCUCAAAUUACAGGAGAAUUUAUAUUGAUUGGAGUUGGUAUGGAGAGGAAAAACCUAUAUUAAAGGAACAAUUAAUUUUUAAUCAGUCUUCAACAUGGCUUAUAUUUGUACACCACGUAAUCUCAGUGAUGCAAGAUCACUCAGAAGGCUUAUAGAAACAGAGGAUCCAAUUUAUUAUGGAAUGAAAAAAUUGAAAAUUAGAGGAAGAGAUCUAAACGAGUUGCCCAGAUCUAUAUUCAGUAUUUUGGAAUUAGAAGUUUUGGAACUUAGUCCGGAGCGAGAGGCAUGCCUUGAUUUUAAACUUCCAAAACUUCCUCCGGCGAUUGGAAAAUUGAUCAACUUGAAAGUGCUUAUUCUUGAUACCAAUGAAAUGCAAACUUUGGCAACAGAAGUAACAUUAUUGGUUAGUUUGGAAAGACUUGCUCUGAGCAAUAACCAUUUGUCUAGCUUACCAAAUGGAUUUAAAAAUCUAACAAAUCUUAAAAGUCUACAUUUGUCGAACAACGAAUUUGAAGAAUUUCCCCUCGAACUUUGUGAUCUGGAAAAUUUAGAAUUUCUAGAUAUGUGUGACAAUAUGCUAGAAGAACUUCCUCAUCAGAUUUCUAACCUAAAGAAUCUUCAUACAUUGCUUCUGUGCUUUAACCGCUUACGAACACUUCCCGACAGUAUCUGUCAAAUGACCGAGUUACGAUGUUUGUGGCUUGGGAACAAUUUGUUACAAUCUCUGCCUAAGAACUUUGGUCAGCUGAGGAAUAUUGACUGGGACUGGAGAUAUAUUUCCUCGUUACUGGAAGGUAAUCCACUUGUUCGUCCACCAAUAGAGGUGUGUCGUCUUGGAAUGAAUGCAAUUGACAAAUAUCUAACUCGGGACAUGGGAAAUCUAACGACGCGCAGUAGUGCUUCGUCUGGUAAUAGUUGGUAAACUUUGCUCAUAAUUCAUAUAUACAUAUAUAAUAAUAUUCUUAAACUUCUUAAACUUACAUUUUUUACUUUCAUAUUUUUUACUUUAUUUAUAAACGGAUAGAACUUUAAAUAUGUAUUUUAGGUAUGAGAGUGCCAAUAUGGCCAAGAAAAUAGAUCGGAUAUCUGUUUUUUUUAUAUGUAGAAUGUAUAUAUACUAUAGAAUGAACAUUGUAUAUAUUUUUCAUGAUGUUCGCCUCUGAUAUGAACUGAUAAAAACAGCUGAUUUUUGCAAAUUACGAAUACAGAGAUAGUUUUUAUAAAGCAAAAAAAUGAAUUACAACAUCAGCAACACCAGAGAACUAUACCUAAGUUAAGAGCAAAGAUUGCGUCCGGUGGCAAAUAUUCCAUGCAUGUUCUAGACGACCAAUGCAAUGUUAUAAAUGUCAAGUGUGCGUUUUUGUGUUUUCUUUGAUGCAUUUGAUAUCUUUAUUCCUCUGAUGAGUUAAUUUUCGUUCAACUGAUUAGUCAGUAUAGCCCCGCCAUUUUUUAUAUGUGCCUGUCCCCAGUCCGGAGCCUGUUAUUCAGUGGUUGUCGUUUGUUGCUAUGUAACAUAAUUGUUUUUCGAUUAUUAUUUUGUACAUAGAUUAGGCCAAUAGUUUUCUCGUUCGAAUUGUUUUACAUUCGUCUUUCUGGGCAUUCUAUAGCUGACUACGCAUUUUUCGGCUUUGUUCAUUUUUAAGGCCGUAUGGCGACCUAUAGUUUUUAAUGUUUGUGUCAUUUGUUCUUUUGUGGAGAGUUGUCUCAUUGGUCAUCAUACCACAUCUUCUUAUUUUUAUAUACAAGGCAUAAACAUAAAUGGAACUAUAUGUUUUUUUCUUUUCAAAAUCUGUUCAGAGUCCAAUCUUAUGGCCAAAUAAAACAGAUAUACAUGAAUGAUUCAUUUCGUUCGUCAAUUUUUAGAUUUAUCUUGCUUUUUAAAUCCCAAAACUGAGAUAUCUGUUCAACCAUGAUUUAGGUUGAUGCGUUUCAUAUCUUAUGAUAAUGAUAUUUAUUUAGUAAAAUGUAUUCUACCUGUAAUAAAUUUUUGAAUGACUUGUCAAUUUAUUUUUUGUUUAAGCAACAUAUAUUAAAACUGUAAGUAAAUUAGUAAUUUUAUCACUUUGGUUGGUAUGGGUGGCUAUAAAAGUGAUAUGAAUCACAAAUAAAACAUGUUAAAUGUCUAUUUUGGUGAUGUGAAGGGUCGAUUAGUUUUAAAUCAAAAGUUCAAUAAUUGAAACAAAUAUGUUUGUAAACAACAUUGCACAUAAGCUACUUAAAUCUUAAGGUUUACGAUGGAAUUAAAAGUUAAACAAUUAUGUACGUCAAAACAAAACAACAAUAACUACAAAUAAACAAGAUUUGUCUACAAGCAAGGUUGAAAAAUAAA